AGCGGGCAGCCAAUCAGCUGAGCCCAGAGCCUGUCGCGGAUGCGUCGCGUGCGCUCCCCGCCCCCUCAGCACAGCCAGCUCGGUGUGUCCGUCCUGCAGCCGAGCGAUCGGGACCCGCGAGGAGCAGGGAGCGGCCCCCACUCCGGGCGCACGGUGACCCGCACAGCCCCGGCUCCUCUCUCCGCCGCCGGCCCGUGGUCUGUCUGGGCGGCGGGAUGUCUGCGGCUUCUAGCUCCUACGGGCUGGUGACAGGAGGCGGGGAGGCCGUGCUGUCCCGGGGCCCCGAGCCCUUCCCUCCGCUGCCUCUCCUGCCGCCGCCUCCACCCCUGUCCCUCGUGGCCGGAGUGAUGGGCCCCGUGGACGAGGUGGAUUCCCUGGACGGACCGGAAUAUGAGGAGGAGGAGGUGGAGAUCCCGCUCAGCGCGCCCCCCACCAACCAGUGGUAUCAUGGCAAGCUGGAUAGGACUAUUGCUGAAGAGCGCCUUUAUCAAGCCGUCAGGACUGGAAGCUAUCUUAUUAGAGAAAGUGAUCGUAGGCCGGGCUCAUUUGUGCUAUCCUUCCUUAGUAAAACCAAUGCUGUUACCCAUUUUAGGAUAAUAGCAAUGUGUGGGGACUUUUACAUCGGAGGGCGACGAUUUUCCUCACUGUCAGACCUUAUAGGAUACUAUAGUCAUGUGUCAUGUUUGCUAAAAGAAGAGAAGCUUCUUUUUCCUGUUGCACCUCCAGAGCCUGUGGAAGACAGACGGAGAGUUCGAGCCAUUCUUCCUUACACUAAAGUGCCAGAUACAGAUGAAAUUAGUUUCUUAAAAGGAGAUAUGUUUAUUGUCCAUAAUGAAUUAGAAGAUGGAUGGAUGUGGGCCACCAAUCUACGUACAAACGAACAGGGUCUUAUUGUUGAAGACUUGGUUAAGGAAGUGGGGAGGGAGGAAGAUCCUCAUGAAGGCAAGAUAUGGUUCCAUGGAAAAAUAUCCAAGCAAGAAGCUUACAACCUUCUCAUGACAGUUGGUCAAAUUAGCAGCUUUUUGGUGAGACCAUCUGACAAUACUCCUGGUGACUACUCACUCUAUUUCCGUACCAGUGAAAACAUCCAGAGAUUUAAGAUCAGUCCAACACCAAACAAUCAAUUUGUGAUGGGAGGUCGGUACUACAACAGAAUUGACGACAUCAUAGAGCACUACAGAAAAGAACAAAUUGUGGAAGGCUAUUAUCUAAAAGAGCCUGUCCCAGUGCAGCAUCAAGAGCAAGUAUUAAAUGAUUUGGAAGGCAAAGAAAUCUACAACACAAUAAGACGCAAAACAAAGGAUGCAUUUUACAAAAACAUUGUCAAAAAAGGCUACCUUCUGAAGAAGAGUAAAGGCAAAAGGUGGAAGAACUUGUAUUUUAUCUUAGAGGGUAAUGAUGCCCAGCUUAUUUUUUUUGAAAGUGAAAAGCGUGCCACAAAGCCCAAAGGAUUAAUUGAUUUGAGUGUGUGUUCUGUCUAUGUAGUCCAUGACAGUCUGUUUGGCAGGCCAAACUGUUUCCAGAUUGUAGUUCAGCACUUUAGUGAGGAGCAUUACAUAUUUUACUUUGCGGGUGAGACUCCAGAACAGUCUGAGGACUGGAUGAAAAGUUUGCAGGCAUUUUGCAGUUUACGAAAGGCAACACAAUCGUCCUCUAAUAAGCGUCUUCGACAGGUCAGCAGUCUUAAUUUGCAUGUAGAAGAAGCUCAUAAGCUCCCAGUGAAACAUUUUACUAGCCCGUACUGUAAUAUCUACCUGAACUGUGUGCAGGUAGCAAAGACACAUGCUCGAGACGGUCAGAAUCCGGUUUGGUCAGAAGAGUUUUUCUUUGAUGAUUUAUCGCCAGACAUCAACAGAUUUGAGAUUAGUCUAAGUAACAAAACAAAGAAAAGCAAAGAUCCUGACAUAUUGUUUAUGCGAUGCCAGUUAAAUCGACUGCAAAGAGGGCAUGCAAUAGAUGAGUGGUUUCAACUCAGUUCCCACAUACCGCUAAAAGGUAUAGAGCCAGGUUCCUUGCGUGUCCGGGUACGAUACUCUAUGGAGAAAAUAAUGCCUGAGGAAGAGUACAAUGAGUUCAAAGAGCUUAUACUACAGAAGGAACUUCACGUAGUGAAUGCAUUAUCACAUGUAUGUGGGCAGGACCGAACACUACUGGCUAGCAUCUUAUUACGCAUUUUUCUGCAUGAAAAAAUGGAAUCAUUACUUUUGAGAACACUAAAUGACAAAGAAAUUAGUGUGGAAGAUGAGGCAACAACUCUGUUUCGUGCAACCACAUUAGCAAGCACACUUAUGGAGCAAUAUAUGAAAGCCACUGCAACACCGUUUGUUCAUCAUGCUCUCAAAGAUACUAUUUUAAAAAUACUGGAAAGUAAGCUGUCUUGUGAGUUAAAUCCUUCAAAGCUGGAAAAAAAUGAAGAUGUAAAUGCUAAUUUGGCACAUUUACUGACCAUACUCUCAGAGUUGGUAGAGAAAAUCUUUAUGGCAGCAGAGAUACUUCCUCCGACUUUGAGGUAUAUUUAUGGAUGCUUACAAAAGUCUGUUCAACAAAAGUGGCCUUCAAAUAACACUAUGCGGACCAGGGUUGUUAGUGGGUUUGUGUUCCUACGACUAAUCUGUCCUGCCAUACUCAAUCCAAGGAUGUUUAAUAUCAUCUCAGAUUCUCCUUCUCCAACUGCAGCAAGAACGUUGACGCUGGUCGCCAAGUCUCUUCAAAAUUUAGCAAAUUUGGUAGAAUUUGGAGCCAAAGAGCCCUACAUGGAAGGGGUAAAUCCAUUCAUUAAAAGUAACAAGCAUCGCAUGAUCAUGUUCUUAGAUGAACUUGGGAAUGUACCUGAACUACCAGAUCCUACUGAGCACUCUAGGACCGACCUGUCCCGCAAUUUGGCAGCUCUACAUGAAAUGUGUGUUGCACAUUCUGAUGAACUCCGUACCAUUAGCAAUGAACGAGGCGCACAACAGCAUGUUCUGAAAAAACUCUUGGCGAUUACAGAGCUGCUUCAACAAAAACAAACCCAGUAUUGUGUAACAAACAACACCAGGUAGCAGCUACGAGCACGCAAGCUGGGUGGAUGGAGCAUGCGCGCACCUGGAAAUCAGUUCACAAUAUCACUUCCUCCUGCUCUUUCCCGAACAAAUAAAACGGCACAUAUUAGCCACCAGCUAAGCUACAUGUGGGACUAUGCAGCAACAUUAUUCUGUUGGUAAAUGUUAAUGCCAGCAGAUUUUUGUUUUUAAGCUAUCUGUGCGUUAUAACUGCACUUUUUUUUCCUUCACACUUUGAACUGACUUCCACUGAACUGAGCCUUUGUCUACUGAUUAUCUUUCACAGACCAAGUUGUGUUGAGAUGAACUAUAGCACAUUUCCACGCAUCAUGCCAAAGUCUAUACACCCAAAACCUGUUGACGGACAGUCAUUUCUAACUGGAUUACAAGCUAUUUUUAUACUGUGUUUCGAACUCGUCUCUGUUACUGCUCACGACUGUUCAACCAACCUGCAUUAUCGUUUAAUUUCAAAACUGACAAGGAACAAGUGCUACUUUUUAUUAUUUUUGUUCUGUCUUUCUGGGAUCAUAUUAAGUUUAUGAAAAACAGAAAUAUUUUUUUUUUUUUAUGUGCCACUGAUUCUGGUAAAAAAAUUCCAUCAACACCAUGUAUUCAGAGGGGGAAAAAAAAACGUGAAAAGCUUUUGUAAAAUGUUUACACCAGUAAAUAAUUGAGUUCAAUAAAUUUAUUGUUGUAUCUGAUGUGCAUGCAUUAAACUGUUUUGUAAAGUA